AUAGUAACAAGUUUGGUUGCAUAAAUGAAAUGGUGAAAAAGAGUAAGAAAAAAGCCCCCAAAAGUAAAGGACAAAAGGCCAACAUCGGUGAUAAGGUGAAUAAGUUGGAGGAUGUUAGAAGAAUAGCAGCAGUAAAUGCAAAGUUGUGGGAAACUCGUGUUGAAAUAGCAGAAAAAGUAAAAGAAAAGAUUCAAGAACAUGCCAAGAAAUUAGCGGAUGAUAAUGCAAAACUACACGAUGCGCUACGCCAAUCAGAAAGAGAGUUCAUAGAUGUGUUUUCUUAUUUGAAGAAGCAAAAUGAAGUUAAGGAAAAUGAGAUUAUUGAACUUAGAAGCAAAGUUGAACUUUUGGCUGCUUCCUAUGAGAAGGAUAAGGAAAUAAUUCUGAAUGAUGCAAAGCAUGAAAUACAAGAACUAAUUAGUGAAAAAGAUAAGAAGUGUGAUAAGAUAAAAGAACUCGAAAGUGAGAUAUUGCGGCUAGCUGAAUACAAAAGUGAAAGGAUUCGUACUGAGAAUGAGAUUUUGAAGUUACGCAGUGAAAUUAAAAGUCAAAAGGCCCUGAUUGAACGUAUGGAGACAAAGUUUUUCGAAGAAAAGCUUAAGAUUAGGGAAACUAGCAUAAAGGACAUUAAAGCUCUUGCAGAAGAAGCUCACAGGACUUCGAUUAAAAAUUUAGAUGAUUCUGCCAAACUGUCGUUUGUGCAGAACGUGGCAAUGAGAAGACUUAUUACAUCUUUGAAGAAGCAGCUGGUGUCAGCGGAGGAUCUAUCACAGUCGCUGAACGACGAAAACAAAAAGCUGACCUUAGAGAAGGAGGCGUUAGAAAUCUCAUUGUUAGCAAAGUCUUCAGAAUUCAGAAAACUCAGUGAACAAAUUCAAGAGAAAGAUAGAAUGAUUGGAAUGUACGAAAAUCAAAUUCAUAGUUUAAAUGACACAUUAUCUCAGCAAAAGAAUGCAUUCCAAGAACGAAUUUCUUUACAGACCUCCGAAGCUGCUAAAUCAGUUGACCGUUUAACCAGAACAUUAGAUUUAGAACGUAAACGAAUGAAUCGUAUCUGUGGGUUGGCUAACAGAAUUCUACAACAAAGAAGUGAAAUUGAAGAAUUUUUUAUUACUUCUCUAGACUAUGUUCGUGGUGAGAUCAAAGUAAACCAGAAUAAUUAUAUUCAUGAUGCAAAAUCUGCUUAUGAAGCAAGUUUACGACUAGCACAUUGUGGUAAAUCAACUUAUCCACCUAUAAGAACUUUUCAAAACAAAGUUACUAGUACAAAUAAUGUUUACGAUGAUUUUAAGAUGGCACAUGAAAUCCCCAAAUCGACCCGUUUAACAAUUCGUGAUCUUACAUGGGAACAAAAAGAACGUGUACUUUCUGUGCUAUUUGAAAAAAUGAAUGGUAACAAAAUGAAAUGCGAAAAGUUAAAGAAAAAAACAACCAAUAGCUUAAAUGCACCAAAUUACGAAAGCGAAGUCAAUACAGGAAACUUAAAAUUAUCAUCAAGGGAGUCUUCAAAGUUUAACGAAUUGAGACUGCUGAAAAGACAGAUAACUGAUUCUACUAUGCAUACAAAUGGCAGUGGAGGAGGAGAGGAAGGAGAAAACGGAAAUGGGAGCUCCAGAGUACUCCAGAAACAUAUAUAUCAGGAAUUGAUUAAAACACCUGACAACGUCUCUAACGAAAGUCAAUCUAGUGAAAAAAUAAGCAAACAACAGGACUUGGGAGAUAAUGGUGAAUUCGUACAAAGAAAAAUACUUUCCGCACCUGAUUUUCGAGAAGACCAGACAAGUGCACCACAUCCAUCACCUCAACCAAGGUCAAAUCAAAUGAAAUCUGAAAGUAUACAUUCAAAUUAGGAUGCAUAACUUCAGUGAUUAGAAGAAAAUAAAUUUUUUUGUAAAUUAUAUUUGUCACAAUAAAAUAUACUUGUACUUCAUG